AUGAAUGGUAUCAUGAUGGACGUGCUAAAGUACACUAGUAAGUGCCCUAUCGACGAAAAGGAAGAAGAAAAAAAAAAUCGUUGUCGUGAGUUCAUAAAUGAGGACAUAUUUGUUUAUAGAUGUAAUAUAUGCCUGUUUGUAUUUACUUGUGUGCAUUCGUUUGCUAGCCAUAUAAUAAGUGAAAACCACAGAGUUAAACAGUUGGACGCAUUGAAAAAAGAGAAAUAUUUCAAUUGUUUGAGAUGUAAAUAUAUCUGUCUUAGUAUAGCUAAAAUAAUAAAACAUAUAGAAUUGUAUAAUCAUGGCCAUAAUAUUUUGAAAAAAAUUAAAAAAAAAAUGGUCUACACUGGUACAGUUACCUGUACAUGCAAGGUAAAAUGUUACAGUUCUUUUUCACAAAAUGACAAUUAUGCAAGUGUGGAAGAUGUACUAUUGAAUGAAAAUAAUAAUCCUUUAAAUUUAAAAAAAAAAGAAAAACAGAAAAAUUGGUAUGAGUACCUUAAUUUCCUACAAAACUCUGCUAACCGUAAUGAAGAUGAACGAGAAGAAUCAUCAAAAGGGCAUGUUGUCACUGGGACAACAAACAAUGAUAUCAAGAAUUCUUUUAUUCAAAAAUGGAACCAUGCCAAGCAAGAAGAAAUUACGAACGAAUUUGCGAAUAAAUAUAUGAACACAUCUCUGAACCGAUUUUCAGGAAAUUAUUACACAAAAUUGGGAUGUUCAAAUAUUUUACAAAACGGUUCUUCACCUUCUUUUUACCAAAACAGUUGUAAUGAUAGUGCUGCUAUCACCUGGGGCAGUUCACACGGUAGUAGCUGCCCAUAUAGCAGUAAUGUACACGAAAACAGAGGGGUUAACGACGCCUACCCCAUCAGGAAUCCCUCUGGAGGUGAGUACCACCAGGUGGGAGAGAUAAAAGAACUUAAGCCUAUUUGUAACGAUAUGGAAAAAAUAAAAGAAUUCAAUACUAUGUUACUAAAUAUAGAAAAUUUCGAAAAGGAAAAGAGUGUAGAUAAUUCUAAUAGAGAUAUAAAAAAAGAAAAUUUGUUAUUAUAUAUAUAUGAAAAUAAUUAUGAUUUGAAUAAUGUAAAAAAUUAUCAAUCUUAUACUUAUGAAACUUAUAAUAGCGAAAAAAGAUGUGAUAAUAUAAAAGAAGACACAGAGGAAGAAUUCCAUUUAUUCAAUCAUGAUUUAUUAUAUAAACAUAACAAUUGUUCUGGAGAAAAUUAUGACCAGUUCAUAAAUUUAGAGUAUAAACCGAAUUUUAAUUAUGACCAUAGGGAAAUAUGCAAAGAAGUUUAUAACAAAAUAAACAAAGCGGGAUAUGAAAAUUUCAUAAAGGAAAAAAAAGAAAAACUUAAACAUGAACAAGUAGGUGAUGCUUUGAGGGGAGAUACUAUUGAUGUGGAGGUGGAGGACAAGGAGAAAGAGAUUGACUCGAAGGAUUCAUAUGAAACUUUGGAUUGGCAGAGUAAUUAUUGCUUGCCUGAUAAUGUAUAUUCUAAGACCCAAAUGGAGAGUACUGGUAGUAGCAACAGAAGCAGCAAUUUUUGCAGUAAUGAGGGUAUUCCAAAGAAUAUUCAUAUGAACUAUGGCAUUUCCAUCGAUGGAGGAAAAGACAGUCUUGAGGGAAUUUUCAGUGGAUAUUAUGCAUCAAAAAAUAAUGUACAUAUAGAAGAAGGAGGAAAAGAUGAAACGAGUUUAUUUUUGAGCUGUGAAAAAAAUUGUACUGAUGCUGCUACGUUUGAUACAUUAUCUUUUGAGUUAAGGGAAAACAAUCCUGCUGUUAGUAGUCAUCAUAGGACGAAUAAUUUUGAGAAGCAGGAGUGUAAAAAUAUAAGUGAACAAGUUGAUAUAUAUAAAGGGGAUAUACCAAAUGAGCUGUAUUUGGAAAAAGAUACUAUAGAUAUACUUCCGCGCAAAUGCACAGAGGUAGGAUUUGCUAACAGUACGGUACGAAAAUAUUUUUCCGAAAAUUUGGAACCAUGUAUAUACAAUAGUAAAAGCACUAAUCCCAAUGGUAGGAGCAUGAGUGAUAUGUAUAUAAACGACAGAAAAGGUUUUGCACUUCCAUCUUUUCUUUUCCCCAGCGAUUUUGCAAAGGAGGAAGAUAAUGAAUUAGCAAGAAAUAACCUAUAUAUGGAAAUAAAUAGUGCAUAUAAAAAACUAACUCAUUGUGAUGCCUUCGAAAGUAUGUAUGGAAUGAAUUCCUUCGUUAUGAAUAAAGACAUGUAUUCAUACUUGGAUGAUGAUAUGCAACAAAUGGAUAAAAGUAGGAGUAGAAGUAGGAGUAGAAGUAGGAGUAGAAGUAGGAGUAGAAGUAGGAGUAGAAGUAGGAGUAGAAGUAGGAGUAGAAGUAGUAGUAGUGGGAAUAGUAGCCGGAGCUAUGGUAACCAUUGUAACUACGUUGGCACAACGAAUAUUAGUAGUAACAAGAUAUACAAUUGGAGUAAUGGUAGAGUGCUGGAAGAUGGCAAUAAUUUGGCUAGCGAUUUAUCAGAGGGUGAUAAAUGGGUGAAGCAUAUAAAUGAAAAGAAAAAUAGUGCUUUUGAAAAAUGGUAUCCAUAUGAAAAAUGCGAUUUAUUAAAUAGUUCAUUUAAUACUGGAAUAACUAAUAAUAUGAAUUAUUCAUAUAAUAAUAUUGCAGAAAAUAAAUUAGAAAAUUCUGAACAGGUCAGUAGAAACAAUUUAGGGACCUUGACUAGUACUGAUAUAGAGCGAAUCAAAAAUGAAAGAACAUAUGACUUCACAAAUUUUAAUAAAUAUAAUUAUAAUAUGACAGGACAAGAUGUUGAUAGAAGUAGUAACUCCAUUCUCAACCAAAACAAAGAUAACUACAACAACAAUCAUUGUAAUAAUAGCCUAUGUAGUAAUUACUUUAACGCUAAAAAUUGCAUGUGGCAAAUGGAGGGACAUAAAAGAUGUGAUAAUUACUUGGACAAAAUUUUGGAAAAAAAGGAAAUCAAGCAAUGGAAUUCAUUUGAAAGUUUCAAUUUGAAAGCGGAAGAAGAGAAGGAAACGAUGUAUUCUGAUGAGAAAAAUGCACAUUCGUUAUUAGCAGGUAUGAAACAUGGCAACACAGGUUUCACUGGUGAGCAGGGGCAUGGAAGUCUACACCGCGUGAGGGAAGAGGGGAACAGUAACUGUGAUAAAAGCUGGGAUAAAAGCUGUGAUAGAAGCUGUGAUAGAAGCUGUGAUAGAAGCUGUGAUAGAAGCUGUGAUAGAAGCUGUGAUAGAAGCUGUGAUAGAAGCUGUGAUAGAAGCUGUGAUAGAAGCUGUGAUAGAAGCUGUGAUAGAAGCUGUGAUAGAAGCUGUGAUAGAAGCUGUGAUAAAAGCUGUGAUAGAAGCUGUGAUAGCAUAGGCAAUAGCACCGGUAACAGUAAUGACAAUAGCAGUGGAAAUGACAAUGACAGGGUACUCGGAAGAAACGGGAUGAACGAAGCGGCAGACCUAUACCAGAAAAGGAAAUUGUUCAUCGAAGAAAUAGAUGAAAUAAAGAAAUUAAUUGAAGAAGAAAGUAAAAGUAGCAAAUUAAACUACACAACCAUUAAUGGUGCCUACGAACAGAGAAUUCUAAAUACUACUCCCCUUCUUAUAGAAAGAAGUAAUUUAUUAAAAGGUGAAAAAAUAAAACUGCAGAAUAUUGUCUUUUCAAACAACAAGAAUAAUGAUGAGGUCCAUGAUUUUUUGCCAAAUUUUAAAUUAUUUCGUAAGAGUAAUACCGACCAUUUUCAAAAUCGUAAUAAUAUAAGCACUCCGUUUUAUCCAGCAAGUAAUACUGCUCCGGAUAAGGGAGAAUUCUCUCGUUUUAUGUCACAUGUUGAAAGGACCCACAACAGAUGCUGA